AUGACCCCCAUGGAAGAAACCCUCUACGGCCCAGCCCGCCCCCAGAUGGCAUCGGGCAUGUACGGCUAUCCGCAAUUUCCUCCCAUGAACCCAGUCCACACAGCCCCGUAUGCGCCUCAUCCUGGCCAACAACAUGCCCAUCUCACAUCUCAGCCCCUCCUUGUGGGCCAUCAAGGUACCCCUGGCCAACUGCAACAUCAACACCAACAAGCACAACAACAUCCUGGCGCGGUCACAAGCAGCCCACGGAUGAAAUUUGAUCCAACUCCUCAACAACCUACUCCUCCACAAAGAACACCACUAAACCAAUCACACCAGCCGCCUCCCGUAUCAAUCGGUGCCACUCAUUCAGGGUCGGGCGGAAAUAACACAAGUGCUGCUCCUGGCCCAAUUCCCGCGACCACCCCGCUUGUCGUUAGACAAGAUAAGAACGGAGUCCAGUGGAUUGCUUUUGAAUAUUCGCGGGAUCGCGUUAAAAUGGAAUACACGAUUCGAUGCGACGUAGAAAAUAUCAACAUUGAAAACUUGAGCCAAGAAUUCAAGACCGAAAACUGCGUGUAUCCACGAGCAUGCUGCUCAAAGGAUCAGUACAGAGGGAAUCGUCUGGUGUACGAAACCGAAUGCAACGCUGUCGGGUGGGCAUUGGCUGAACUUAACACUUGUUUACGCGGCAAGCGUGGCCUUAUCCAAAGAGCGGUUGAUAGUUGGCGCAACAGCAACCAAGACCCACGGCUGCGCAGCCGCAGAGUAAGGAGAAUGGCCAAGCUUAACAACAGAAAAGCCGUUUCCGCACAACAUACCAAUCACCUGACGGGACCCCCUUCUGCAGGAGUUCCUGGUAGUACUGGGUUAGCCCCCACUGGAAGUUUAAGUAUGGGAGGUCCACAGCUUCAUCAUCAUCAUGCACACCCAUCUGAAUCAGGUACAACACAGAGUGGAGAGGACGUUAGCGGCAACGCUGAAUACUCGAACGGCACUCAUCGCCCACCUGCCCCGCCAAACACCUACACCCAACCUGCGCCAGCCCUGGCAGACAUUCGUCCUGGCCAUAUGUUCCAUGGCUACCCAACAUAUCCAACUACUGCUUCUUCCAAUUCCCAAACAGGCCCCUCCAUGCCGCCUCCUCUGCGCGACGCAGGCCUAGACCACUUAGGUCGCCAUUCUACUGUUGCAACCUCCCACUCCCGCUCCGGAAGUGACGAUCGCAAUCUUGAUAAAGCGGCUCUUUUCGGCGACCUUCCCGAGGGACGCCGAAGGAAAUUUAUCGUCGUUGAGGAUCCGCAGCGUGGUUGCAGAGUUCGAGUUAAAGUGAUGCUGGACCAGGUAGACAUGAAGGAAAUCCCGGACUCUUACCGCAAGUCGAAUUCUGUGUUCCCGCGGACGUAUUUCCCCGUACAGAGUCCGUUUGGGCGCGGUAACCGUGGUGAUAGGUUCGUUGAUGAUGUCGGGAGUAAUCGCGAAGACAGCCACGACGAUGAGGAAGCAACCGUUGGUCGAACUCUGGUUCCCGUGCCCACUCUUGAUGGAGCGGCGAAUCUGGCAGUCCCUAGGAUCGGAAGAGGCAAGCGCGAUAAGGAAGUUAUGCUGAACGAUUUGGGAUAUCGCAUGAGCUGGGGACAGAGCAGAGUCUUCGCGGGAAGGACUCUCUUCUUGCAGAGAGCUUUGGAUGCAUACCGCAACAAAAUGCGCAGCACGAUGAUCACUGCCGGCCAAGGACUCACUUCUGUCGCACCGCAUUUAGAGACCCGUGUUGGAAAGCGCAAGUGGCUAGAGCGUACCAAAAGGUCUCGGACUGCCAGUGUGCCUGGCACCCCAGCUGUUGCUACAUCGUCUUCCGCACGAAACGCGGAGGAGUUACCUUAUAUAUACGGCGGGAACACUAAAGGAGGAAACUAG